AGGUUAUGGAUUAACUAGUAUCCUCUGCAUCCAAUGGUGGAAGAAUAGACUACUGUGAUUCAGCCAGGGAGUUGUGUGGAUUCGGUUGUGCAAUGGGUAGAAUCAUUUCUCUUCUGGUGUUUUCAGCUGCCUUCAUAUUGCUUAACGGAUAUAAAGCCUCAGUGUUUUACAGCAGCCAAGAAGCCAAUCGUGUCUUGAAGAUUCAAAAGCGAGCAAAUUCUUUCUUGGAAGAAUUAAAGGCAGGUUCCUUGGAAAGAGAAUGUAUAGAAGAACAUUGUGAUUUUGAAGAAGCUAGUGAAAUAUUUGAAACCAUGGAAAAAACUCUAAGUUUCUGGGCAAAAUAUGUUGAUGGAGAUAUGUGUGUUUCCAACCCAUGUUUCAAUGGAUUCUGUCAGGACGGCAUUGGGCGGUUUGACUGCAUAUGUAACGAAGGCUGGGAGGGACGAUUGUGCCAAAAUGAGGUCACCUACACUAACUGCUCCUUUGCCAAUGGUGGCUGUGAACAUUUCUGCCAUGAGAGUGAAAGGAACAACGAUCGAUACCGUUACUGCAGCUGUGCUUUGGACUACCACCUGAUGGACAAUCAUGCUUCUUGUGUACCUUCAGUUGAGUAUUCCUGUGGGAGAGUAGUUGAAUCCAAAUUAAAGGUUGCAAAAAUAAUUGGGGGUGAUCCUGGAAAAAGAGGAGACAGCCCUUGGCAAGUUAUGCUGGGCAAUAGUGCAGGAGACUUUAAAUGUGGUGGCGUUCUCAUUCAUCCUGCUUGGGUAUUGACAGCUGCACAUUGUGUAGUUGAUGAACCCAGAAUCAAACUGACUUUAGGUAAAUACCACCGACGGCGUAUAGAUGAAAGUGAGAUAACUAUCAUUGCUGACAAGAUAUUCUAUCAUGAAAAUUACUCUUCAGACACCUAUGAUAAUGACAUUGCAAUACUACAUCUAUCCCACCCAGUUGUUGUCAAUAGGUAUAUUAUACCCAUUUGCCUGCCUACCCAAAACCUGGCAAAUCAACAGUUGAUGACCGAAGGGAUUCAAACAAUAGUAACAGGCUGGGGAAGCCAGAGUGCGAAUUAUAAGAAGAAUUUCUCCUCUGUUCUCAAUUUUAUUGAAAUUCCUGUAGCAUCACGGAAUGACUGUAUCCAUUCUAUGUGGAAUUCCCUAACAGAUAAUAUGUUCUGUGCAGGGAUACCAGGAGAUAUACGGGAUUCUUGUCAUGGAGACAGUGGUGGUCCUAUGGUUGUAAAAUUCAAGAAUACCUGGUUCCUACUUGGACUAGUGAGUUGGGGAGAAGGCUGUGGGGAUCCUAAUAAUUUUGGAAUCUAUACUAAGAUCAGUUCAUAUCUUGAUUGGAUCAUCCAGAAAAUGAAAUCAUAAAAUUAUUACACUAAUGAUCAAUAAAAACAGAACAUACAAGUGA